AUGAACUUGAAAAUAGUCAUGUGGACAAGGGGACUGAGUACUAUCUGCCGGACGCCGUGCUGGUCCACAAAGGAAACAAUUGUUGCUAUGGAAAGGACGCUAUUAAGCAGGAGUUGCAGAAACUCGAUGAGCUAUGGGGAAAGACAACAUCGAAGCUCAUUGGUGACACUUACCAAAUGA